GGGCGACUGGGCUUAUAUGCCGUCGCCCGCUCGACGCCACCAACGUACUGGCUUCAAGCUGAGGGCCUUGUUGUUUGAUACGCUGCCCCCAAACUCUACAAUCGCUUUCAAUGGAGCUGAAAGAAGCUCAAGUCUUCCGCCUAGAUGUUGAAACGCCGUUCAAACGUCUCAGCGAGAGAAAAGCGAUAUGUACACCACAUGGCUCGGGCCCCUUAGUCUGGAGCAAGGAUCGUCAUGCGCCAGAUGUCUCCAGAAUCAUUAGAUAUCUACGACUUUAUCCUCGAGCUCUUCCACAACUGUUUGGGUAACUGGGAUACCCUGAUCGGACAGAGCAUCAGCAGCGGAGAACUUGAUUGCUUGCUGACUUAUGCUGCAGCGUUUCUUUCUAAUCUUGGUAGUUACUUUGUGCGUCGAGGCCUCUCUACGGUGGAAUAGACAGCGCUAACAAAUAUUGGGAUCUGGAGACUAG